CACUCCUUCCUAAGAGAAGAAUAAGAAUAAGAAUUGGUGGUAAAUAUUCAGCACCAUCAAGUAUCCAGCAGAGAGAUUAAAUCUCCUUUCCUCCAUGCCAGGAUACUCAGAGCUUUACUUCAACGUGGACCAUGGCUACUUGGAGGGUCUGGUCCGAGGUUUCAAAGCCGGGAUCUUGACAAGUGCAGACUAUGUCAACUUAGCACAGUGCGAGACACUAGAAGACCUGAAGUUACAUCUGCAGACUACAGACUAUGGCAACUUCUUGGCUAAUGAGACCGGCCCGCUCACUAUUUCCACCAUUGAUGAUAAAUUGAAAGCUAAACUGCUCACGGAAUUUCAUUACUUUAGAAACCAUGCUUUUGAACCACUUGCCACAUUUCUAAAUUUUAUCACAUACAGCUACAUGAUUGACAAUGUAAUUCUUUUAAUAACUGGCACAUUACAUCAGCGGCCAAUCGCUGAACUCGUUCCCAAGUGCCAUCCACUGGGGAGUUUUGAGCAAAUGGAAGCAGUCAGCAUUGCCUCAAACCCCACUGAGCUGUUCAACGCAAUUUUGGUUGACACGCCAUUAGCUGCUUUCUUUCAAGACUGCUUGUCUGAAAAUGACCUGGAUGAAAUGAAUGUUGAAAUAAUGCGCAACAAACUGUACAAGUCUUAUCUUGAGGCAUUCUAUAAGUUUUGUGAAAAGCAAGGAGGUACUACAGCAGAAAUAAUGAGACCUAUUCUGGAGUUUGAAGCAGACAGACGUGCCUUUAUCAUCACUAUCAAUUCAUUCGGCACGGAGCUGAGUAAAGAUGACAGAGACAAGCUAUAUCCAACCUGUGGAAAACUGUAUCCAGAAGGCUUACACCUGUUGGCCAAAGCAGAUGACUACGAGCAAGUGAAGUGUGUUGCAGAUUACUAUGCAGAAUACAAGGCUCUGUUUGAAGGUGUAGGCAGUGGUGCCGGAGAAAAGACACUUGAAGAUGCAUUUUUUGAACAUGAGGUAAAAUUGAAUGUGCUUGCAUUCAAUAACCAAUUUCAUUUUGGAGUAUUUUAUGCCUAUAUAAAGCUGAAGGAACAAGAAUGCAGAAAUAUUGUAUGGAUUGCUGAAUGCAUUUCUCAGAGACAUAGAACCAAAAUUAACAACUACAUUCCAAUUUUCUAAAUCUGAAAAUUAUAAUCUUAGAGUACCUGAAAAGGAGAAUUAUUUCAUAUGAAAGAAAAAGAAAUUUUAUUUUAAAAGUUAACUUUUACCGGAUGUUAUAAAUUAUAUCCUCCAUAUAUACAGCAGCAUAACAAAACUAAAAUCAUAAUUACAGAUAGGAAUACUUGAUCAGGAAAUAUUUAGUGGACUCAUUUGUAAUUUUUGUUUGUUGAUUUGUUCCCCACCAUGUCCAUUUUAAUUUAACUGAUCAAUAAA